CUACCUUUGCUUGCAUUCCUGUAUUGAUUCAGUGAAUUGGGAGGAACCUGGCUAUAUUCAGUCUAACAAGUAAACUGGAUUCAUCCCAGAAAAGAACUCAUAGAUAAUCCAGCUAGAAAGCUCACCAUCCUGUUCAUAGACAGUUGAAAAAAAUUCACUCCCCUUUCAUCUUUUGAGACAGAAAACAUCACCAAGAAGAAGAGAGCCCCCCCCCUUUUGUUUUGCAGUCCUGGAUCAGAGGCAUCAUACAAGGUUUAAAGUGGGCAAUACUGCAAUGGAUGGAAGCUGGAAGCUGGAAGUGAGAAAGCAAUUUCCUUGGGAAGAUAAGCAAUUAUUAUACUAAAAGCAUCAGUAGAGCCUGGCUCUUUGAUGGAGGUCUUAACCGUCUUACAUCAGAACAGCUGAAAAUAUACCCCUCUCCAUGCUCUAUUGGGAGAUGGGAAAUGCACACAACUGAACUUAAACCAAAGUCUGAUCUCAAACAUCUAUGGGACUUGGACUCAUCUCCUGCCUUUUAAUGUAAUUUCUUGCUUUCAAAGGUUGCCCUCUCCUGAUACAGUAGGGACAAGGUGAUAGAUAAGAUGUACCUGACAAUUACAAACUGGGAUAAUCAAUCCAUUGCCUAUGAAUUCAUCUUCCAGACAUUCUCCACUGUUCCUGAGAUACAAUAUCUUAUCUUCACAUUCUUUCUUUUACUCUAUCUCGUAAUCCUUUUUGGUAAUAUCUCCAUCCUUUGGAUUAUCUGUACUCUCCAUUCCUUGCACACCCCCAUGUAUUUCUUCCUAGCCAGCCUCUCUUUCCUGGAAAUUUGUUAUACUACUGUGGUAGUGCCUCAAAUGCUUGCUAGCAUUUCUGAUUUCCACAGAACAAUCCCAUUGGUGAACUGUGGCAUCCAGAUGUUCUUCUUUACAACACUAGGAAGCACUGAUUGUUUUAUGUUGGCUGUCAUGGCAUAUGAUCGCUAUGUAGCCAUCUGCCACCCGCUUCGCUACACCCUCAUCAUGACCUGGAGGGUUUGUACAUGGCUGGUGAUUGGCUCUCUGAUCCUUGCCAUAAUACUGUGUCUGCAGCUAACCAUCUUGAUUUUCAACUUGCCUUUUUGUGGUUACCAACCCAAGAUCAAUCAUUUCCUAUGUGAUGUACCACCUGUGCUACAGUUGGCAUGUGCUAACACCCAUCUCCACCAAACUGCCCUAUAUGGUGUUGGCAUCAUGGUUUUAACAAUUCCCUUUCUUCUGAUUUGCAUAUCAUAUGUCUAUAUUGUAGUUGCCAUUCUCCGAAUUAAAUCCACAUCUGGGCGGCACCAGGCCUUCUCCACCUGCUCCUCCCACCUGACAGUUGUGAUCCUACAGUAUGGAGUCUGCAGCCUUGUGUAUCUGCGUCCCAAGUCCAGCACUUCAGAGGAUGAGGAUAGGAAACUGGCUCUUAUAUAUACCUUUGUCACUCCCCUCCUGAACCCUUUGAUCUAUACCCUGAGGAAUAAAGAUAUCAAGCAGGCUUUAAGGAAGGUCAUGAAGAAAAUGAUUGCAUCUCAGACUUGAGUCUCAAUUCAUCUGUAACAUUAUUACACCCUCAAAACCAGUUGUGAAUUAGCAUUAGGACAGAAGGGAGGAAUCUUGAAUCCUUCGGGUAAUUGCUGAACAUUUCCCAGCGUCUCUUAAUGUUGUUCAUAUUAUCUGGGGUUCUGGGUUGUAUUUUGUUGCUGGUUCUUGAUUUCUUAUCUGCUUAAUUAAUUACACUAUGGUAUGGACGUCUAAUAGAUCUGAGUCAGCCUGAGAUCUUUUAAUUAUGGACAUCAGGUUGAGGAAUGAUCUUGCAAAAGAUAUCAAAACAAAAGCCAGCAUUCUUUGGGACAGUCCUGACCCCAUCUGUAACUUGGCCGAAAUAAAUUUCCAUAUCUGUAACCAAGGGCAGUCUUUAUUGUUGUUAAUAUUAUUAAUCAAAUUUAACAAUAUUAACAUAUUAUUGCUCAAAGUAUGGGCAAAUUAGCCAAUCACAUAGGGUACCUGGUUAAGGAGGGUAUCAAAUUUCAAGAAAAACCUCCAAUAGAAGAGAACAUGCUUAGCUCAGCGUUGAACUGUAGAGUUUACAUUAGAGACCAUUCAAAA